UUGGAAUUCAUACUUUUAUUUCAAAGCACUUUCUUUUUUUUUUUUCCUAAAAAAAAUUUAAAGAUAGAGAAAAUUGACUUAUGAAUUAAUCAGACGUUCGAUAUUCUCAGCAAACGAACGAAUCAGACGUCAGACGUCUAAUAUUGACACUGAACAUACAAGAUCAACCGCAUGUAACAUUUCCAGUGCCGGUGCCGCACUACCACUCGACAUCUUCAUUGGUUUUCCCUUUUCUUCUUCUAGGCCAAAAAAUCAGAUUCUCUUUUUCGAAAACCCUAAAAUUUUCGAAUUAAAUUUAUUAUUUUUUAAAACAGUGACGUUAAGAUUGCAUUUCGAUUUUUUUCUGGAUCGAAGUUCAAAAUCUCCCAAAAUGAACAGUUAAUUUUCGUCAUUGAGUUGUCUUAGGGUUUCUAUUUUUUCAACUUUUUUUAAAGACAGUGAUAAGCAUCAUUUUAGUUGAUCCUUCAGAAUUCAAAACUGAAAGACCCGAUUAAUCGAUUUUUAACUAGUCUAGGGUUUCUUCAUGGCAGAAGCUGGUCGUGUUACUAUCACUCUCGGCCGUAGUGGUCAGGUGGUGAAGAGGGCUGGAGCAACAUCGAAUGUCGAUUUUUCUGAUUCUCAUCCUGUUGCUGGAAGUAAGCGGUCUGUAAGGGAUAGGUUAGGAGGCAAUAUAGAUAGUUCCUUGUUGCGUGGAAGUCAGCUCAACAACAAACGGAUGGUGAUGAUGAUGUUCUUUCAUUCAUGUUAUAUGGAGCUUGCAAAUUUGAUCCCUUAUUUUCGACAAAGAGGUGAUGGUCAUACAACAAGUUUGAACGCUAAUGGCUUGAAUGAUGUUCACAUUGGUAAAGAUGACCUCCGAUUUAAACUCAUGCAAAAAAACGUGUUUAGACGGGCUCAGAGUGAUGAUAACCAGAAGGGCAUGGACCUUCGUGAAAAGUUGUCAAGAAUGGGACAGCCUCCAGUUAACAGUUAUGAGACACAUCAGCGAAUGCCUGAUUCUAGGGAGCGAAUGCCUGAAUCAAGGGAAGCCAGUAUGUUGGCUAGAAUUCCUUCCACAAGAAGUGCGGAUGAUUUGCCUCUUGUGACCACACCAAGAAGUUCUUAUUCUCCUUGGACUUUAGAUCAUUUAAGACAACGAUCACCAGAUAGAGUAAUGGGUGCUUCUAGAGGUUUAUCUCCCCCAAGAAAUGUUGAAGAGCUACAGAGAAGGCCAGUAAACAGGACAUAUGAUGAUGUGAGGACAGUUCCAUACAUGGGCAAAGAUGUUCUUGAUGCUCCUAGGCCUGUGCGUACUGGAUCUUUUGUUACAAAGCCCACAUUAGCUACCACUUCAGCAAAGCCUAUGCCCCCAGGUCCCCCAAUUCCAAGUCUAGUUCCUCCUCCAAGGGGCAUUGUACAAAAAAGUUCAUACUCUGGUGAUGAACAACAAACUGUUGAAGGCUUGCUACAUUCACUGGGGUUGGGAAAAUAUGCAAUUCUUUUCAAGGCAGAGGAAGUGGAUAUGACUGCAUUGAAACAAAUGGGGGAAAAUGACCUUAAAGAGAUAGGAAUACCUAUGGGCCCUAGGAAAAAGAUUCUUCUUGCUCUCUUGCCUCGUUCCAAAAGGCAACCAUGACUCUUUGUUCAUUUGGUAUGAUGGGGCGCUCAAAUAUUCAUGAAUCUUGUCUAAGUAAAACCAUUGUAUCUUUCCUUUGGGUUAGAUAGUGAACCAUGAAUCAGCUGUCACAUUUUUUGAAUCCAAGGCUGAUUAGAAAGUUUUCAUAUCAAUAUUUCAAAUGAAUUGUCUUUCACUAUGCUGUUGCUAGAAAGAAUAUUCUUGCAAAUGCAUGCAAUAUGAAAUGUUCUAAACUGCCGAGGGAACUCCAGUUUUAGAAGCUUGUAUUCUCCAUAAUACUGGCUGCUUGGAUCCUUUUGUAGGAAAUAUUCUCGCCCUUUCCCCUACUUUACUAUUUUGUUAUAAGCUCCUUUUUCUUUAAAAAUAAGCAUGCAUGUCAUGAAGUGCUGCUCGGUGCUUACUUUGCUUUAUGAUUGCUUCUUAUACACUCAAACUUUUUCGAAUCAAUGCUCAUCUUUACAAGCGAAAAUGAAGGUACUUGUUCAAACUUGUUUCGGCAAGGAGCCUAGGACAAAGAACUCCGUCUUCAAAGCGCCGGCCACUGGGCUAUAAUAGUGUAAAUGUGUAAUGGUGGGACUCGAUUUUAUGACUGGAGAAUAUGUGCCCUUCAGGUUACGAAACUUGAGAGGUUCUCCUGUCUACUCUCUGGUGGAAGCAAACGGUAUUAAACAAAUUGAUGGAUUCCCAAGAAUAAUAGAAGGCUAGGGAAGAAAAAGUUCACGUCAUUGAAAGCAAAACCUUAAAAUUUGCCUGUAGCCGCCACAAGAAUAAACUACAUCAAUUUGCAUACUCUUCGAUUUUUGAUUUGUGUCGUUAGAAAUAAAACCUUAUAGUCUGACGGCUGAGACUUGGAUUGCUCAACGUCAGGAUUUCGACAGGAUAGGUGGGUGGGUCAAUCUGCAAACCUGAGACAAUUGAGCUUACAAUUGGCUUCUAUUUUGUCCUAAGCACACAAUUUGAGCUCUGUACCCACCAGGAAACAUCCUGGUUCCUAGUAAGCUUUUCUUUCUUUUUUCAAUACCAGGAAUUUGCUUAGUCAAGUUUGUCAAUAGAUUUAUUGUAUUUGGUCAAUAUAUUUAUUAUGACCAAUAAUGACUCAGUUACCUUUGAUUUUC